AAAACGUAGCAUGAGUAGUCUAAACUGCUCUUGUCAAUAUUGGCUUGUGUCUAACGAUUCCGAACAUUGUGGACUUUGUGAUCAGGCCAUUCCAUUUAUACAACAACAACAUGAAGACAAGAUUUCGUCCCAAGAAAAAGAACUAGCUCUUAACAAUCAACUGGCUCAAAAACAAGCUUUAUAUAACCUUUAUGUGAAGGAUAUUCAGAUUUUGCAAGCACAACAUGGUAAACGUCAAGAAUUAUUAGAGAAUAUGACCAAUAAAAUCGACUCGCUAAAUGGGGAUAUCGAAAUUGUCCAAUUAAAACACAAGGAUGAAAUCGCUCACACUAUUGCUAUCGAACAAUCCAAAAAAUUAGUGGAAAUAGAACUCCAUGACUUGACACAGAAACUGUUUGAAGAGGCAAAUAGCAUGGUGCUGGUUGAAAAGAAGGAAAAGCUGGCGAUUCAGUUAAAGCACGAUGAAGUCAAUAAUCAAUUAAAGGGAGUGGAAUCUCAAUUAACUAGCGUACAAGCCGAACUUAAGGAACUUCGUAAAGAUAUGACCAAUCAAGACUCAAACUCACAGCAAUUAAACCCUCAAUCUUUCUCUGCAUUUAUAUCCACACACGAAAAUUACUUGUUACGGGCACAAUUAGACAUGUCCACCUUAUUAUUGGACCAAUCACAACCAAUUGAAAUCAAUCAAGAAUACAAUCAACAAGUCCAAGAUGAUGCUAUGAUAACUGAAUUUGAACAGUUUAGAGAAUCGAUAAGGUCCAUUAGUCUAUCAAAAUUAUAUACCACGUCAUUUAUGAAAUCAUGCUUGAAGACGGAUAUUGAACCUUGCCUGCGGUUUGGCCCUAAUCCUAAAAUAAGCAGUAAAAAGAUCUUGGACGCCAUACUGGUCAAAACGUGUCUGGUAGAGCCAUGUCCCCCAGGGUUUAUACAAGCGCCGACAAAAGCUGAUAGUAUUAAAGUGAAAACCCGUUUAUGGGAUCGAUUUUCUUCAUCCUCAUCGUCGUCGUCGUCGCAAGAUACCCCUGGUUGUCAAGCAUGUGGAAGAGUUCUGGAUGAAAAUGAAAGCUGGAGAUUUCGGAUAUCGUACUUUGAUGAAUGGUCGUAUAUUGACAAAUAUUGCCAUGACAGGAUCGCUUCAGUCAUUGAAUUCUAUGUGUUUAUAAGAAAAUUGAAAGCCGGGACAGAUAAGGACUCCAGCAAGUUUCAGCUAUAUCAAGAAUGUUCGAGACUUCGAUUGCAAAUGUUUCUAAGCAGAAUGGGUGCGCUACCAACGUUACUUGGUCUUGAUUCAAGGAAUUCCACGGACAAUUUGUAAAAUUAAAAAAAGCAAUUUUUUUUCUGUGA